GGGGGCUGUGCAGCUGUGGCUGCCUCCCACAGCAACAUGGCCGACAGCAAGGCCAAACCCGCCAAAGCGGCCAACAGGACGCCCCCUAAGUCCCCGGGGGACCCUGCCAAGGACAGGGCAGCGAAGAGGCUGUCACUGGAGUCAGAAGGUGCCAGUGAGGGGGCAGCUGCCACGGCUCCUGCGCUCAGCGCCCUGGAGGAGGCCUUCCGGCGCUUUGCGGUGCACGGGGACACGCGGGCCACGGGGAAGGAGAUGCAUGGUAAGAACUGGUCGAAGCUGUGCAAGGACUGCCAGGUGAUCGACGGCAAGAACGUGACCGUCACCGACGCGGACAUCGUCUUCAGCAAGAUCAAGGUGGUCAGCAUGCACGGGACAGCCCUGGGCAGGAGGAGGCUGCAGCUCGAAAGUGACGGGAACCACCGCACCCUCCUCGAGUGCAGGGAGCAGUCGGAGCUGCCAGUGCAGAAGGCCAUCUCGUCGCCCACUGUGUCGCGGCUCACCGACACGACCAAGUUCACAGGCUCCCAUAAGGAGCGCUUCGACUCCUCGGGCAAGGGCAAGGGCAAGGCCGGCCGUGUGGACCUGGUGGACGAGUCAGGCUAUGUGCCCGGCUACAAGCACGCGGGCACCUACGACCAGAAGGUGCAUGGGGGCAAGUAGCUCCGUGGAUCUGGGCCCCACGACGCUGCAGGUGUCCGGGGAGCAGGAACUGUAUCCCGUCACUUCAUUACAUUCCUGUGGACAUUCCUGUGCUCACUUGGGCAGAACCCAGAGGGGCGCCUUGCUGGGGCCUGGGGCAGCUGUGGGGGCCACACCCAGG